UCGCCGAUCAACAACACUGGUUGGCAAAUAUGCUUCUUUAACAAAAUGUUGUAGCGUUUUUACACUAUUUUAUUUCUAAAUAAGAAAGCUGUCCGCCAUUUUGGAAAACAAUCAUGGCGUCGAAGAUUUUCUUGAUGACUUUGUGUUCGCUAUUUCUGAAGUCAGAUGCGAGCUUUUUCGAAGUUCGAUACCCAAGUGUGGUGGUCUCUGCUGAAACAGGAGGAAAUCUUACAAUAGCGGCAGGGCCAAAUGGAGGAAAUAUCUACAUGACGCCAGGGGACAGAGGAACGGUGUUCAUUGGUCAUACAGAUAUGUUAAAAUUGUUCGAGAUCGUGAACAGUCAGCCCCCUGUUUGGGGACAAAAAGCUCCAUACGGACCUCUGGGAACCUUCCUUGGUGGGGAUGUGGUAUCGGUUCAACUGAUGGCAAUUGAUCCCGAAGGCACACACCUCCGAUAUGAAAAGGUGUCUGGAGCUCUUCCUCCUGGCGUAUACCUAGACAAGGCUACAGGGAAACUGAAUGGUACAGCUCCUGAUGUUGAUGCAACAUACGAGUUCGGCAUCAGGGUGGUAGAUGAACAAGGGAAAUAUGCCGACCAGACAUUUACCAUAGACACAAGAGAACGAGACCAGUGCAGAUCUAAUCCUUGCCUGAACGGUGGAACAUGUACGGACGAUUUUGGAACAUACACUUGCAAAUGUACUGAGAAAUAUGGCGGAAAAGUCUGCAAUAUUGUAUGCGCUAGUCAGGCAGUGGGCGUGGCUAACAGCGUUAAGAAAAUUCCAGACGCGCAAAUGGCAGGACAUUACGCCUUUGGGAGCAGCGAUCAUAAGGCAUACGAAGGACGCCUAGGUAGUUCAACAGGCUGGAUAGGAAUGGACAAGAACUCCUGGUUGCAGGUUGACCUUGGAAACGUGAGGAAUGUACAAGCUGUAGCAACUCAAGGGUACUCUGCAACUUAUACCCUCUCUACAUACCAUCUUGACUGCAGUGUAGAUGGUAACAGGUUUACCCAUGUUUCACAGGUUAACGGGACAGCAGAGUUGUUUACUGGAAGUGGCAAAUCGUACACUACUUCAACCAAGCAAGUACUAGCUGUACCACAGACGUGUCGAUAUGUCAGAUUCAUACCUAACACCUGGACCGGCACUCAUCCAGGAUUUAGGGUGGAAAUAUAUGCCUGUGAACUGUAGUAGGGAUACUUUUCUGCCGACCAGAUGAUGUUAAAUAGUGCAGAGCAUUUUAUGUCAAGACAUAUGUUACUUAAAAUAGGAAUGAGUUCAUGUAAAAGGUCUGAUAUCAAAUAAAUUUAAAAAUUUGUAACAUUAUGAUGAGAGAGGAACGUAAAUUCUAUAAUUAUCUGUUCUGUGCUGUAUAAUAAAAGAAUGAAACAGAAUAUU